CAAAAGAAGCAUCUCAUCACACCCAAACACUUAGAAUUUGCAGUCCCGAUUCACUAUCGUUAACUACAGCAAAAUCAGCUCACGUUUUUGCAAGAUAUGGCUCUCACAAGCUAUUUGAAAUCCAAGAGUAAUGCGUCUAAGCCCCGGGGCAUCAGCGGCACGACAUUCGCGUCCCUAGGGAACCUCAUCAAGCUCCUUCCGACUGGGACGGUCUUCAUGUUCCAGUUCCUCAACCCCGUCCUGACCAACAAUGGCCAAUGCCACACCUUCAACAAAUACCUCAGCGGCCUCCUCGUCGGUGCAUGCGCCUUCUCGUGCGCCUUCUCUUGCUUCACCGACAGCUUCACCGGCGCUGACGGUAUGAUCCACUAUGGCAUUGCCACUGCUAAAGGACUGUGGCCCUCAUCAACUGAGUAUUCCCGCACGGUUGACUUGUCCAAGUACAAGCUCCGGGUCGGCGACUUUGUGCAUGCAUUGCUCUCGACGACGGUUUUCGCAGCGGUGACCCUACUGGACCCAAACACUGUGGAGUGCUUCUACCCAUCGUUCAAGUCGGAGCAGAAGGUCUUGCUCCAGGCUCUGCCUCCGGUGAUCGGCGCCAUUUCUAGCGCGGUUUUCAUGGUAUUCCCUAGCAACAGGCAUGGGAUUGGGUAUCCUUUUUCUAGUGACGAGUCCGAUGAUCAAAGUGCUUCCGAGGAGGCGGAAUGAUUCAAAAGGGAAAAGAAGAAAAAAGGAUGCUUUCAUAUGUUAUUUGCCUGUUUGUGGAGUUGAACCUUGGAGGUGUGUGCUUGUGGUUUCUUGCUCUUGUGUUGGGCGUUUGUCACUUUCCUGCUCUUUUUCCUUGUUCAUAUAAACUAUUUUGAUUAUGUAAAGAGUGGCAUGACAAUAGUCUCAAAUUUAUCAUUGUUUUAGUUCA